AUGGGCUCAAUCGAACCAAAGAGACCAUUUGAAAAGGUCAUAAUCGUCGGAGCCGGUCCGGCCGGGUUGCUCCUCGCUCUAUUACUCUCGCAACACGACAUCCCGUCCUUGGUGUUAGAGUCAUGGGAUAGACUGGACGAGCGACUCAGGGCAACCCAAUAUGGGGUCCCUGCCACCAAGAUAUUCCGUCGGGCAGGCAUCCUCGACGAUAUCCGGGAACAAAGCAUCGCUAGCUUUCCCAGCAUCUGCUGGCGUCGAGUCAGCGACCAUGAACGACUGACGGGCAUUGAUCUGUCCGUCGUUAAAGACCACCCAGACCGCAUGACGAUCCUGCCGCUCAACCAGAUCAUCCAAAUCAUGUAUAAGCACUGUCUGGAAAAGGCCAACGGGCUGGUCGAGGUCAAGUUCAACCACAAAGUCGUUGGUACAGGUCAGGACGACAGGUCUGCCUGGGUCGAUGUCGAGGUUGGUGCAGAAGGGGAAGCCAAGGAGAAAAAGAGGAUGACCGCCGAUUAUGUUAUUGGGUGCGAUGGAGCAACCAGCACAGUGAGGAAAUCUCUGUUUGGCAGAGAAUGGCCCGGUCAGACAUUUGAUUUCCGCCUGAUGGUCCAGAAUGUUUGGUAUGACGGCUUCGAGAAACAUGGUUGGGACGGAGGCAAUUAUAUGGUCGACCCGGACUUCUGGGGUCUGAUUGCAAAAAGAGGCAAGGGCGGCCUGUGGCGUGUAACCUACGGAGACAGCGCCAUCGGUCUCUCUGAUGAGGAGUACCUUGAGCGGCGAAACAACGCCUUCAAAAAGUUACUGCCCGGCCAUCCAGACCCCGGCGAAUAUCAGAUCACCCAGACCGACCAGUUCCGGAUCCAUAACCGCUGUGUCGAGAAGAUGAGGGUGGGACGAAUCAUCCUCGCCGCCGACGCCGCUCACGUGUGUAACCCAUUCGGUGGCUAUGGUUGUAUGACGGCAGUUCUGGACGUCGGUGCGCUGGCCGACUGCCUCACCGGCUUGUACGAGGGCAAGGCCGACGAGAGCAUCCUUGACCUGUACGCCGACAUCCGCCGAGAGAAGUUUCUGAAGUAUGUGGAUGCACGGUCCAUGAAGAACAUGAACAGGAUCAUGCACACCGACCCCAACACGGUUCUAGAGACCGACAAAUUUCUCCAGCUGCUCAAAGGUCUGGAGGGCAACGGGGAAGCGACAAGAGCAUUUCUGUUGAAAUAUUCCAGCAUCGAACACGACUUCACUCAGUACUAUAAACAAACGUAA